ACCUUGUUUUCUUCCACCAUGCGUGAUAUCAUCAUCAUUCUUACAUCAUCGAUCACAGUAGUCCGCACUACUGAUCUAUCCGGUCUGUCUGAGUACUACGCGUUAAAAUUAUAAAAUACGAAGUGCGAAAGUUGUAUAAUUAUGGAUACUAAUCGGUAUUAUAAAAAUCCAUUUAUGGAUUAUUCCAGUGUUACUGGUUAUAAUAUAGUCGACAUUGAUAAUAAUACGGUAUGACUUAACUUUUUAUACGUGUCAUUCAAUAAGUGAAGAGAUAAACUGAAGAGGAACUGUAGUGCAAAAAACUAUCGUAAUAACGAAUACGAAUUAAAAAUUAUAAGUUCUCACUUAAAUAAUGUAAUCUACUUAGCGCUACGAAUGCUUCAGAACUUUUCACCCUUUUUUCUGUCAAAAAGAAAGAAAGAGUUUUGAAGCACUUGGAAUAUUAACCUUUUAACUGGGGAUUAACUCGUCAUUGGAAAAUGUAUUUCCAGUGCGUAUGACGAGUUAACUCGUCAUAGAACUUUGAAGACGACGCAUGUAAAUUUAAACUCGAUACAUCAUUCGAUUUUUCUUGGUAUCAUACUGACACGAUAUCUUUCGAUGUUUUUCUACUUUCAUUUGUGAAUGCACUUUUGAUUGAUGAUAAUUUUAAAUCGCUAUUGACAUCAAAAAUCAAUGAAUUCAUGAAAAUAUUAGAAAAAAAUGAUAAAAUAUGGUACAGUAACAAUGACUAUUCAACGUACACUGGAUUAGCAGGAAUUGCAUAUAUAUUUUACCAUUAUGGGAAAUAUUAUAACAAUUCUGCAUAUGUCACAAAAGCAAUGGAACUAUUAGAAAAAUGUAUUGCAGAAUUCAAAAGCAGACAUGAAAUAACAUUUCUAACUGGAAUUGUAGGUCCAUUAUCAUUGACAGCAAUAAUGUUACAUUCACAACAGAAAGAAGAGCAAGCGAACCAAUUAAUUCUUAGGCUAAAAUCCUUCUCUGUUUACAUUUUGGAUAAACAUAAUGAUAUCUCGAAUGAAUUAUUAUAUGGAAGAACUGGAUAUCUAGCUGCUUUGCUUUAUAUAAAUGAAAAUAUAUCUCCACUUUGUAUUGAAGCAGAUCUUAUAAGAAAGGUUGGUUCUUGUAUAAUUAACUCUGGGAUAACGUACGCCUCGUCAAAUCAUUCUCAAUCACCUUUAAUGUACUCUUGGCAUGAAAAGGAAUAUGUUGGUGGCGCUCAUGGACUAUCUGGCAUUUUAUAUUUGCUAUUGCAGGCGCGACACUAUUUGACACAGGAACAAAUUGAUAAAUAUAUAAAACCGUCCUUAUACUAUCUUCAAGGAUUACAAUUUUCUUCUGGGAAUUUUCCUUCUUCGAUAAGAAAUCAGUCUGAUAGAUUAGUGCAAUGGUGUCAUGGAGCACCUGGAAUGUCUGGAUUGUUUUGUUUAGCUUAUAAGGUAUUUAGAGAUGACGCAUUUCUGAAAACUGCAAUACAAUGUGGAGAAGUAACAUGGGAAAGAGGAUUAUUAAGAAAAGGAUAUAGUAUUUGUCAUGGUGUUGCUGGAAAUGGUUACACUUUUAUACGUUUAUUUCAACAAACAAAGGAUAUCAAAUAUUUAUAUCGAGCUUGUAAAUUUGCUGAAUGGUGUUUUCAUUAUGAAACACAUCAAAACCGAUCUCCUGAUAGACUAUUCUCGUUAUUCGAAGGUCUCGCUGGUGUUAUCUACUUUUUGUUAGAUGUACAGCAGUCACAUAUAGCUAAAUUUCCAACUUAUGAUAUUAAGAUUUAAGAAAGAUUAAAAUAACUUACCAUAUUAAUCUAAGUUAUAACAAUUAUAUAUAAUUACUAUAUAAAUAAAAAUAACAUUAUUUACAUCCAUAAUAAAAACAGAUAUGCAAUUUCGCUUUAAUUAUAUGUACGGUUUGUAUCGAAAUAAUGUAAAAUUGGAGAUUUGCAUUGUUGCUUUUAUCUAGUACCUGAUUCUUUGUUGCAUAUAAUUGUGUAAAGUACGAGCGUGAUCGUGAAUGACUGUUUGACAGUUUGAAACUUUGUAUAUAGAAUAUCUUUCUAGAGUUAGAUAAAUCUCUUUUUAAGAUUAAGCUAUAAGGAUUACGUUAUAUAAAUAAAUCAAUAU